UGCUCUGAGUGAAUUUAAGCUGGGCUUUUAUUGUGAACGGUAGACACCAAAAAGCCAGCGUUAUGGUGGUGUUUGUUUUUCCCUUUAGAUUUAUUCCCAGUUUAAUAUAAUGCUGUUUUCUCCAAACUCCUCUGAGUUGAUGUUGGAGCUAGGAAGGAAAUGGAACCGUUUCCCAGCCGCUGCUUUGAGUGUUCAGACUGUUGUUGUAGUUGUGUGUGGAUGUGAGGAAAACCAGAGGAGACAGCAGCUCCUGAAUAUCUCUGCUGCUGUGAUUAGUCCUGAACAGAAUCCAGAGUGAGUCCAGCAGCCCCAGUGGAGCUCUGCUGGAUUUCAGGACCAGAGAGGAAUGGAGGAGGACAACCAGAACCAGGAGCAGCGGAGCAACGAGGUCCCCAGAAGACAAGCAGCAGACUGGGACUCUGAUAGCAGCCAUGUUCAGAAACGGAGAGGAGGAGUGGGACCCAAAUGUCACCACUGUCAACACUGUGACAAAUCCUUCACAACAUCUGGAUAUUUAAAGAUUCAUCAGAGAGUUCACACUGGAGAGAAUCUACACAGCUGUGAUCAAUGUGGGGCAGCUUUCACACGACAGAGUUCCCUAAAAAACCAUCAACGCCUUCACACUGGACAGAAUCUUCACAGCUGUGAUCAAUGUGGGGUAGCUUUCACACAACAGUGUGACCUAAAAAGACAUCAACACAUUCACACUGGAGAGAAGCCGUACAGCUGUGAUCAGUGUGGGGCAGCUUUCACACGACAGAGUGACCUAAAAAACCAUCAACGCAUUCACACUGGGGAGAAUCUUCACAGCUGUGAUCAAUGUGGGGCAGCUUUCACACACCAGAGUAACCUAAAAAUACAUCAACUCAUUCACACUGGAGUGAAGCCGUACAGCUGUGAUCAAUGUGGGAAAACUUUUUCUAAUAGUAGUAAACUUAAAACCCAUCAGCGCAUCACACUGGAGAGAAGCCGUACUGGUGUGAACAUGUGGGAAAACUUUUUCUAG